GUUACUUAUCUAAGUUUUGAAAGCAUGAUGAAAGAAAUUAAGAGGCAGUUUCUCUCCCCCCAGAGUCCCCUUUCCCAAUCUAAGAGGGCAGCAAAAAGCUCACAGAGGUUCCCUCACAAUGCAACGUGUGAGAUGCCACAGGACAUCUCACGUGGGCUGUUCUUGCCUUCCGCCAGCUUUCUCCAGGCCUUCCCUGCAGCCCAUGAGGAGCUUCGGAGCAGCAGAGGAGGCAGAGCCUGAGCCUCCCCUCUUCGCCUCUGGGGGAGUGCCUGGCUUCAGAACAGGGGUUCCAGCGGAGUUUGCAGCCCCGUGGGAUCCUUGGAGCUGAUUUGUUCGUGCUGUCCGGUCUACCCUCCUCCAUCAAAGAGCCGGUGGCCUUGCCUCCCACUUGCAUGCGGCUCCUGGAAGCUUUGGCCUGACUGCCUCUUCCUCCUGCAGCGCCACACACGGCCCUACUUCUCCCAGAGCGGUGACAGCAGCGCAGAGUCGGUGACCCGGAGGCGACCCGGGAGGUUUUGCACUCCCAGGAGGUGGAGACCUGGCGGGCUGUGGGAGCUCCAGCCACAGAAGCCUGUGGUUUUUCAGGGCCCGCCCAGCAGACCGCGAAGGGUGCCUGGUCUUCAACAUCCCCGCGGUCACCUCCAGGAGCAGCGGGAGCCUCACCGCGGCCAGAGCAGCGCCGCGCCGCUCCACGCCCGCCCCGGCCGGCACCAUGCUGCCGCGGUACCCGGAGGUGAAGCCCAACCCAUUGCAGAAAGCGAACCUCUGCUCACGCCUGUUCUUCUGGUGGCUAAACCCCUUGUUUAAAAUUGGUCACAAACGGAAAUUAGAAGAAGAUGACAUAUACUCGGUGCUUCCAGAAGAUCGCUCCCAGCACCUUGGAGAAGAGCUGCAAGGGUACUGGGAUCAAGAAGUGUUGAGAGCCCAGAAAGAUGUGCGGGAGCCUUCUUUAAUGAAAGCAGUCACGAAGUGUUACGGGAAAUCCUACUUAAUUCUGGGAAUGUUAACAUUUCUUGAGGAAGGCACCAGAGUAGUUCAACCCAUAUUUUUGGGGAAAAUGAUUAGUUAUGUUGAAAACUACCAUCCCACCGAUUCUGCCGCUUUGCACGAAGCCUAUGGCUAUGCGGCAGGGCUGAGCGCCUGCGUGCUUGUGUGGGCCGUUCUGCACCACUUGUACUUCUACCACAUUCAGCGUGUGGGGAUGAGGCUGAGAGUAGCCGUGUGCCACAUGAUCUACCGCAAGACACUUUGCCUUAGUACCUCGGCCAUGGGGAAGACCACCACAGGACAGAUGGUUAACCUGCUGUCCAACGAUGUGAGCAGGUUUGACCAGGUAGCAAUGUUCUUGCACUAUCUGUGGGUGGGACCACUGCAGGCUAUUGCAGUAACUGCCCUGCUCUGGAUGGAAAUAGGAAUAUCGUGUCUUGCUGGGAUGGCAGUUCUCAUUAUUCUUCUGCUUUUGCAAAGCUGCAUCGGGAAGUUGUUUUCAUCACUCCGGCAUAAGACUGCUGCUCUCACAGAUGACAGGAUCAAGACCAUGAGUGAAGUCAUAACUGGCAUCAGAACAAUAAAAAUGAAUGCUUGGGAAAAGUCAUUUAUAGACCUUAUUACCAUAUUGAGAAGGAAGGAAAUUUCCGAGAUUCUGAGAAGUUCCUACCUUAGGGGCAUGAAUUUGGCAUCAUUUUUUGUUGUGAGCAAAAUCAUGAUUUUUGUCACCUUCAUCAGUAAUGAGCUCCGUGACAACCUGAUCACAGGCAGCCAAGUGUUCAUGGUGGUGAUGCUGUUCGAGACUCUGCGGUUUUCUAGCACCCUCUACUUCCCCAUGGCCGUUGAGAAGAUGUCAGAGGCCGUUGUCAGCAUCCAAAGAAUCAAGAACUUUCUAUUGCUUGAUGAGAUGUCACAUUGCUACCCUCAGCUGCCAUCAAAUGGUGAAAUGAUAGUGGGCGUGCAAGAUUUAACAACUUUUUGGCAAAAGGCAUCAGAGACUCCAACCCUACAAGGCCUCUCCUUUACUGUCAGACCUGGUGAACUGUUAGGUGUGGUUGGACCUGUGGGAGCAGGAAAGUCGUCACUGUUAGGUGCUCUGCUGGGGGAGCUGACCCCCAGUCAGGGGAAGGUCAGCAUGCACGGGAGGAUCGUGUAUGUUUCUCAUCAGCCUUGGGUGUUUCCAGGAACUGUGAUGAGUAACAUUUUAUUUGGGAAGAAAUAUGAAAAGGGACGAUAUGAAGAAGUAAUAGAGGCUUGUGCUUUGAAAAAGGAUUUACAGCUUUUGAAGGAAGGAGAUCUAACUGAGAUAGGAGACGGAGGAACCCCGCUGAGUGAAGGACAGAAAGCCCGGGUCAGCCUCGCCAGAGCCGUGUAUCAGGACGCAGACAUCUACCUCCUGGAUGAUCUGCUCAGCGCAGUGGAUGCAAGAGUCAGCAGGCACUUGUUUGAACAGUGUAUUUGUGAGGGCUUGAAGGAGAAGAUCACAGUCUUAGUCACUCAUCAAUUGAAAUACCUAAAAGAUGCAACAAGUCUGAUUCUGAUGUUGAAAGAUGGCAAAAUGGUAGAAAGGGGGACUUGCUCUAAGUUCCUGAAAUCCAGGGUAGAUACUUUUUCCCUUUCUGAGAAGGGGACUGAGCAGCCGGAACCAUCUCUAGGUCCAGGAACUGUGAUCUCUGAGUCUUUGGAUCCAUCUCUACAGUCUCCCAGACCCUCAUUGAAAGAUGCGGCUCCAGAAGACCAACAUACUGAGAAUAUACAAGUUACAUUACCUCUAGAGAACCAUUUGGAAGGAAAAGUUGGUUUUAAGACCUAUAAGAAUUACUUCACAGUCCAUGCUGACUGGUCUGUCAUCAUCUUCCUUAUAUUAGUAAACAUUGCAGCUCAGGUUGCCUAUGUCCUACAGGAUUGGUGGCUUGUAUUCUGGGCACGUGUACAAAGUGGCCUGUAUUUUGGGGCAUUUCUAAAAGGAGAUGAAGAUGUAGUGUUCGUUCUGAACUGGUACUUAGGAGCUUAUUCAGGUUUAACUGUAUCUACCAUCCUUUUUGGCAUCACAAGGUCUCUGUUGAUAUUCUAUGUCCUUGUUAAUUCUUCACAAACUUUGCAUAGCAAAAUGUUGGAGACCAUUUUAAGAGCUCCAGUAUUGUUCUUCAACAGAAAUCCAAUAGGAAGAAUUUUAAAUCGUUUCUCCAAAGACAUUGGGCAUAUGGAUGACUUGCUGCCUGUGAUAUUUCAAGAUUUCAUCCAGAUGAUUUCAGUAGAAAGGGGGAUUGAAUAUACAGACCUUGAGAAGGAAGCACCCUGGGAACUUGAGAAUCGUCCACCACCAUCCUGGCCCAACAACGGAGUGAUUUCCUUUAAUACUGUGAACUUCAGGUAUAGCUUGGAUGGGCCUCUGGUAUUGAAGAAUAUGGAUGAAUUGAUUUGCUCAAGACGAAAGCUUGGCAUCAUGGGAAGAACAGGAGCUGGAAAAAGUUCUGUCAUUGCUGCCCUUUUUAGAUUGUCAGAACCUGAAGGUGACAUUUACAUUGAUGACAUCUUGACAACUAGUAUUGGGCUUCACGAUUUAAGGAAGAAAAUGUCAGUUGCACUUCAGGAACCUGUUUUAUUCACUGGAACAAUGAGGAAAAAUCUGGAUCCCUUUAAUGAGCAUACGGAUAAUGAACUGUGGAAUGCCUUAGAAGAGGUACAACUUAAAAAAUCCAUUGAAGGUCUUCCUGCUAAAUUGAAUACUGAAUUAGCAGAAUCUGGAUUGAACUUGAGUGUUGGUCAGAAACAACUGGUGUGUCUUGCCAGGGCUAUUCUCAGGAAAAAUCAGAUAUUGAUUCUUGACAAAGCCACAUCAUACGUGGAUCCAAGAACUGAUGAGUUAAUACAAAAACAAAUUUGUGAGAGAUUUGCCCAGUGCACUGUGCUGACCAUUACACACAGGUUGAGCACCAUUAUUGACUGUGAUUGGAUAAUGGUUUUGGAUUCAGGGACACAGAUAGAAGAUAGUUGGCCAUAUAAUUUGCUGCAAGAUAGAAGCAGCCCAUUUUACCAGAUGGUGCAACAUCUGGGGGAGGCGGAGGUUGCUGUCCUCAACAAAAGGGCAAAAGCUGCACUUCUAAAGAAAUGGCAAGAUAAUACUGACAGUGAAUACUGAUUAUGAAUGUUUCCUGUGGACAGCCAUAAGCCUUCACAACUUUUGUGUCAACACUGUGAUUCUACCAUGAGUUCGUAUCUAUUCCAAAGGCUUUUUUCCAAUAGGUUUUGCACUGCAUAAACUAUAUUCUACUUUUUUUAUGCCAUAGUUCUCCAACUUCACUCAAUGAUUUCAAGCUCUUGAAAAAGGAUUUAUUAUGUUUAUUUAAAUGUUAUAUUACAUUUUCUAAGAUUUGAGACGAAGUUGUCACAGAUGUUUUUUACUGUUCCCAGAAUUACAUAUUACUUUGCAAUUAUAUCAGGGAUUCUGUUUACUUGAAGACUGUGAAGACGCUGUUUUGUGUCACCACUUCCUUUAACAUGACUAGGAUCCAUUUUUCCACCAAGAGACCUCUGGUUAAAAUACUACAGAGAAAACUGAUAGGAAAAACAUAUAAUAUCCUAUAAUUUAAGUAACAACAACAACAACAAAUAGAUAUAUGGUUAAAUACAGAAGGACAAUAUUAUAUGUUCUAAAAGAGAAGGAAAAGAAAUGCUUUCUCAAAAUAGGAGCCCUUCUAGGGGAUUUGCAGAUGAAGGACAGAUGUGUGCUAGACUGUCUUCUAGAUAGAGGAUUUUAUUUUUUUAUUUAUAUUACAAAUUGUGGUAAAGUGUAUAUAUAACAUAAAAUUUACCAUAUAACCAUUUUAGUCACACAAUCCAGUGGCAUUAAUCACAUUCACAGUGUUGUGCAGCCACAUUGUCUGGGUAACUUUUGGUAAUUAUGUUUUUCCUAUUCAGUGUGUUAUGUUAUUUCUGCAGAGUCAUUUUGAUAAGUUUCAUUUUUCUAGGAGGAAUCUGUUUCCUGUGAGUUUUGAGCUUGAUUGACAUAAAUUUAUUCAUAAUAUCUUAUAUGUUUAAUCUCUGCAGCAUCUCUAACUGUUCUUUUGGCUUUUCAAUUUUCUUUUAACCUUCUUUUUUAUGAAUAAUCUUGCAUAACUUUUUCCUGUUUUCAAAGAAUUCAACUUUUUGCUUGAUUGAUGCUCUUUUUUCCCCUAGUUCAUCAUAUCAUUCUUUCUUUCCUUCAACUUUUCCUUAACAUAGAGGUUUUUCCUCUAAAUUCUUAAAUUGAAAAGAGAUUAGUAAUGUCAUCAUUUUUCUAAUAUAAGUAUAUAAAGCUGACUUUUUUCCCUAAGAUCCACUUUAGCUGCAACCUGCAAGUUUUGGUACUCACCACCGUCAAUAGCCAUAGUAUUAUGUAUUUUCUAAUUCCUAAUUUAAUUCAUUAACUAUAUCUUCUGCCCAUGGGUUAUUCAUAAGUAUAAUGUUCUCUAAAUUUAAAAUGCUAAUGGAUUUUUUCUUUUAGAUUGAACCAUGUAGAACUGCUAACAUGCAGUCUUUUUAUAAGCUAUAAAGUGGCACUUUCAUAUGGUUCAACAUAUAGUUGUCUUUUGUUAUUAAUAUAUAACUUAAUUUCAUUUGGUCAGACAACAUUAGAUCGUGAAUUUUAAACCAAAGAUAACCACAUUCACACUAAAGGUCCUUGUUUCUACAUUUUGUAUUUUAUUGGGCGUUUUUAAAAUGUUAACAUUUAAUGUUAAAAUGUUAACUGGUACAUGUGUAACCAGUAAUUUUCAAUAAAAAUCCUUCCCAAAU